GUGUAGGCCGUGCAUGCAUGAGGAACGCGAAUACCGUCAGCGGAAAGGCAGUCAAGUUGCAAUAAACCUCGUGGCAGCGUUAGCUUGUGAUCUCUAGCAGCAAUGUUCUUGCAGUACUACCUCAGUGAGGAAGGGGACAGAGUUUACACCCUGAAGAAGGUAGAUCCCUCCGGCCAGCCAACAUGUUCAGCCCAUCCUGCCCGCUUCUCCCCGGAUGACAAAUAUUCUCGACACAGGAUCACAAUCAAGAAACGCUUUGGCGUCCUGAUGACCCAGCAGCCUCGGCCGGUUGUGUAAACUGUUUACCCCAUGUCAGCUGAGGCCAACAUAAGCUUCUUCCAAACCAGCCUUGAGGAAGCUAAUGAAGCGUAGCAACAGCAACAGAACUGCUUCCUGCAUUCCACCUUAACCCUAGAGUUUUAAUUCCUUUAGUGUGCUGUAGAAGCAGAGAAAUGCCUGCAUUUUGCAAAAGAGCUUGAAUUCUUUCAUUUGUGCCUAUAUGGUUAUAUAAUUCUAGCAAUAAAAUUAAAUUUCCAUUUCUGA